AUCAAUUAUUAUUGCUGCUGCUUUCUGGCAGAGCAAUUUAUAACGACAAAGUUUGAAAUUAGCCGUAAUUAAAUAAGAUAACGAAUAUUUAAAUUACUCAUAUAGUGUUAGUGUUAACCAUUCGAAAAGAUAAUGCUUUAAACGUACAGCCAGCUCCAACCAUUAACCAGCCAACAUGAGCCAAUGUCAAAGUUAACCAACAACGGGAAACACAUCGCAUAGUCAACAGCUCGCAAAGAGCCAUCAACGAACAAAAUCGAUCAGGAAUACAAUAGGAGAGUUGCCUUAAGAACUAGCUUUAAUCACCGCCAAUAGCCAUACAUAUUCGAGAUCCAAAUCGAUACAAUCCAAAAUGCCUGCAGCAGCCACAUCCAAGCCGAGGCCUCCGGCCGUCGAGGAGGGAAUGACGCCCAAGAAGACUGCGUUGAUCAUCGUCACCGUGAUCGGAUGCGUGGCCAUCCUUUGGCCAAAGGUUUUCCACCCCAUGAUGUUUGGAGGUGUUCCACCACCCAAACAAAACUUCAAGGAUCAACGAGCUGCUCCUGGCGGAUGUUGUGAUGUCGUGCUUGACAGGGAGCAGUUUAUGAAUGUCUCCAAGAAGGAAGUUGUCGAGCCUUUUGGGCCGCAUUUGUACCGCAAACAAAUCAAUGUUUAUACGGGCGAAAUAAGUCUGCGCCAGGAGCGUCCAGCCCACCUGCAUCCGGAAUCCAUAUACCAGGCCAUGCGAGAGCGGGGUCGCGCCAUACCCGCCACGCCCACUGUACCGAUUCUGGAACGGAAAAGUUCACCCAGUAAUCCGCCUCCUCGAAUUGUGGACGGACGGCCCGGACCCAUUCCUGGAAUGCGUCCGCCCAUGGGAGCCGGGGCAAUGCAUCAGCCACAGCAGCGUGGCAGUAGUAUGGGAUUUCUGAUGCCACUUUACACAAUCGGAAUCGUGAUCUUCUUCGGCUACACUUUGAUGAAGAUUAUGUUCAAGAAGCAAGUUCCCAAUGAUCCGUACGGACCAGCACCUUCGAAUCCGGCUUUCCGGCAGGAAGUCUUCGGGCAGCAGAACCAUAGUCAAGUGGAGGACUUGGGUGGCAGCAAAUUGGGCUGGCGAGAACAUCAGACAAGAGCUGUCGCCGGAGUGAAGCCACCGGCCACCAAGGACACCGAAAAGGAGCUCUACAACGCCAGCCUGUCGGCAACCGAGGUGGCCAGCAGUUUGUCCACCUCGCUGAAGAAUCACCAGCAGCUGAAGGAGGCCGAGCAGCUGAUGGAGAUCGAGAAGCUGCGCCAGAAGCUCGAGAGCACGGAGCGGGCGAUGGCCCAGCUAGUGGCUGAAAUGAACACCGAUCAGUAUGAGGCAAAGAAAAACGACAACGAAAAAACGAGAGAGCAAGUAGACAAGCAGAACCUUUCCAACGGACAUGCAAACAAAGACCAAAAUCCGGAACAGGAGACAGCGGUAAAGGGAGGCAGGAAACGCCGGGAUCUGAGCGCUGAACGGGAACUAACGGUACUCGGAAUGGAGUUAACAGCCAGUUGCGAGGGCGGCCACAAGUGGUCUGGACGCCCUCCAACGCCUGUUUUCCGAGCGCCAAGCGAACAUUCCAAAUUGGAAGAAAAUUUGCCAGAACCGCAGUCCAUUUACUUGGAAGGCGCUCUGGCACAUGAGUCCCAGAUCCUGGUGGCCGACUCUCAAAUCAAGCGCGAAGAGGUCUACGACUCCGAGCUCAAUGGAUCAGCCGAGGAACCAGCCAUCAUUCUUAGCAGCAGAAUGACAUUGUCAUUGAUUAAUUUGGACGCAAAUCAACAAAAUGGAAAUGCAGGCAAAUCCGCAUUGGAAAGUCCUUUGGCUGACGACAUCGAAAUAAUUGGACACGACGAGCAUUAGACAAAUGUGUACUUAUAUAUAUAUUUUGGCAAUGAUAACGAUUUGAUUCAGACAAAAAUACUAUAUUGCAUGGGCCGAGUGAAAUUUCGUUGCUAAUUUUGUUUAUCGACGAACAUUAUGACUGAUUAACUCGAAACAAAUUUGCCAAUAAUUUGAUAUCUAAUUUGUAUAUAUACAUAUUGUAUGUUUUGAUAUCUUUGUUUUGAUUUAAAAACGCCAAAGUUUUUUUGUCUUCCCUUAAACACAAAAAUCCACUGUCUUUCUGCUCUUAUAAAACUUUUCUCAUUUUCGGUCAAACAUAGUCCUACUUGCAUGUUGGGAAAACCGUUAAACUCUAUUAGGAAAAUGCUGUCUUUAUGAACUGCAUGAUUUUAUGUGAAUACUGUUAGUUGAAACUCAAUGCAAACACUAGUCUACCAUUAAGCUAAGCGCAUAUGUAUUUCAAUCCGCAUCGUCUAUAUUGUGCUCUUUUCGCAUCAAGAACCCCGUAGCUACUUGGCAAGGAAAUUACUCAAACAAAAUCGAUUGCACCUUAUGAUUAAACAACUAAAGUUAGUGCCACAGCGUUUGUGAACCUAGUAUAAUGAAUAAAUUGAAAACCGAACUUGAAA